GAGACUUCAUAAGCAAACUCACAGGUAAGUGAGAGACUUGCUUUUCCAUUGCUGUAUCCUGUUUCCUGACACACUAUCCAGUUCUAGAAGGCCUUUCUCUUCCAGUUGUUUCCGUCUUUAACUUUUCUGUGACCAAUCCAUGUUUGUCUUUCUUGGUCUAGUGAUCCUCAAGGAAGUUCUUCUGAUGCCCCGACCCAACCUGGGGGAGGUGCUCUCCCAGGUAGCUUAAAAAAACCAUCACUCUUUUGUCCUGUUUCCUACAAGGGUCUUUUUUUUUUUUUUCUCAUUCCUAUAUCCCAACACGGUUGUGACUCAACUCAACAAGCCAUUCAUGACCUCUUUUUUGGAAUAACUGAAAUCGAAUUAUGAGCCCCAAAUUCUUAUGUUUUUACUAAAUCGCCCAUCCUCUCUGUGGAAAUUAAAAUGUCUCACAUAUGCUAAAGUGUGUGUACCACCACGACCAUGGUAGCUGGCUUCAGCGAAAUAAUCAAAUUCCAUGAGCGCAGGGUUAAAGAAUGGCUUGCUUGCUGGGAAGGGGUCCCAGGGUAGGGCCCACACUGGGCGGAGCGCGAGGGAGGGAGGCGGGGACUCUAGGCUGUGGCCCUGCCCACAAGAGGGCGACGGAAGGGGCUCAACUCAAGGGCGGAGUGUUCGGGAAGAAGGCGGGGUCUCAGCGCGGCGGCCCCGCCCCGGGGCGGAGCCGGGAGAGGGGAAGGCGGGGCUCGCGGCGAGGAGGACUGCUUCGGAGGCGGCAGGGUGGUUUGGUCGUGGGCCCAGCGGGUGGCCCGGGUCACCGCCGGCGCUUCGGCGGCCAUCUUGCCCGCGCCCGUCUCCCGCGGCGGGAGGGGCGGCGUAGAGGCCGGAAACGUCUGUGUGGCGACAGGCCACCUCCUCAGUGUUACGGAUGUUCUUUCUGGUGGUGACUUGUGGGGAACCAUUGAAGGGAAAUGAACACUGACUAAAUUUGAAGGGACAUAGCAGGAAUCUCAAGACAUGGUUCAGAAGCUCCCUCUACUUGUGAAAAUCUAGUAAAUGGACCUGACUGGACUUUUUAAGCCCAUCAGUAAACAUGAGCGGUACCAAGCCUGAUAUUUUGUGGGCACCACACCAAGUUGAUAGAUUUGUUGUAUGUGACUCAGAAUUGAGCCUUUACCAUGUGGAAUCGGCUGUGAAUUCAGAACUCAAAGCUGGAUCAUUACGUUUAUCUGAAGACUCUGCAGCGACAUUACUGUCAAUAAACUCAGAUACACCCUAUAUGAAAUGUGUUGCGUGGUAUCUCAAUUAUGAUCCUGAAUGUCUCCUAGCAGUUGGACAAGCAAAUGGUCGCGUUGUACUUACAAGUCUUGGUCAAGAUCAUAACUCUAAGUUCAAAGAUUUGAUAGGAAAAGAAUUUGUUCCCAAGCAUGCUCGACAAUGCAAUACCCUUGCAUGGAAUCCACUGGAUAGUAACUGGCUUGCUGCUGGUCUCGACAAACACAGAGCUGACUUUUCAGUUCUAAUAUGGGAUAUCUGCAGCAAAUACACUCCUGAUAUUGUUCCCAUGGAAAAAGUGAGACUUUCAGCAGGUGAGGCUGAAACAGCAUUACUCGUGACAAAACCACUGUAUGAGUUAGGGCAGAAUGACGCUUCUCUAUCUCUCUGCUGGCUCCCACGAGACCAGAAACUUCUUCUUGCUGGCAUGCAUCGUAAUCUAGCCAUAUUUGAUCUUCGGAACACAAGCCAGAAGAUGUUUGUAAAUACAAAAGCUGUUCAAGGAGUGACAGUAGACCCUUACUUCCACGAUCGUGUUGCUUCCUUCUAUGAAGGUCAGGUUGCCAUAUGGGAUCUUAGAAAAUUUGAGAAGCCCGUUUUGACUUUGACUGAACAACCAAAGCCCUUGACAAAGGUCGCAUGGUGUCCAACUAGGACAGGCCUGCUUGCUACUUUAACAAGGGAUAGUAAUAUUAUUAGGCUGUAUGAUAUGCAGCAUACACCCACUCCCAUUGGGGAUGAAACCGAACCCACAAUAAUUGAAAGAAGUGUGCAGCCUUGUGACAAUUACAUUGCUUCCUUUGCAUGGCAUCCGACGAGUCAAAACCGAAUGAUAGUUGUGACUCCCAACCGAACAAUGUCUGACUUCACUGUAUUUGAAAGGAUCUCUCUUGCCUGGAGCCCAGUUACAUCUUUAAUGUGGGCUUGUGGUCGCCAUUUGUAUGAGUGUGCAGAAGAAGGCAGUGAUAAUUCCUUAGAAAAAGAUAUAGCAACAAAAAUGCGCCUUCGGGCUUUAUCAAGGUACGGACUUGAUACAGAACAGGUGUGGAGAAACCACAUUUUAGCUGGCAAUGAAGACCCACAGCUCAAGUCACUCUGGUAUACUCUGCACUUUAUGAAGCAAUAUACAGAAGAUAAUGAUCAAAAAUCUCCAGGCAACAAAGGAUCAUUGGUUUAUGCAGGAAUUAAAUCAAUAGUAAAAUCAUCUUUGGGAAUGGUAGAAAGCAGCAGACAUAAUUGGAGUGGCUUGGAUAAACAAACUGAUAUUCAGAACUUAAAUGAAGAAAGGAUUUUAGCAUUACAGCUUUGUGGGUGGAUAAAGAAAGGAACGGACGUAGAUGUGGGGCCAUUUUUGAACUCCCUUGUGCAAGAAGGAGAAUGGGAAAGGGCUGCUGCUGUGGCUUUGUUCAACUUGGAUAUUCGGCGAGCAAUCCAAAUCCUGAAUGAAGGGGCGUCUUCAGAAAAAGGAGAUCUGAAUCUCAAUGUGGUGGCAAUGGCUUUAUCGGGUUAUACGGAUGAGAAGAACUCCCUGUGGAGGGAGAUGUGCAGCACCCUGCGCCUGCAGCUCAACAACCCCUAUCUGUGUGUCAUGUUUGCAUUCCUGACGAGUGAAGCGGGGGCAUAUGAUGGAGUGUUGUAUGAAAACAAAGUUGCUGUACGUGACAGAGUGGCAUUCGCUUGUAAAUUCCUUGGUGAUGCUCAGUUAAAUAAAUACAUUGAAAAGCUGACCAAUGAAAUGAAAGAGGCUGGAAAUUUGGAAGGGAUCUUGCUUACAGGCCUCACUAAAGAUGGAGUGGACCUGAUGGAGAGCUAUGUGGACAGAACUGGAGAUGUCCAAACAGCAAGUUACUGCAUGUUACAGGGUUCACCUUUAGAUGUUCUGAAAGAUGAAAGGGUUCAAUAUUGGAUUGAGAAUUACAGAAAUUUAUUAGAUGCCUGGAGGUUUUGGCACAAAAGGGCAGAAUUUGAUAUUCAUCGGAGUAAGUUGGAUCCCAGUUCCAAGCCUUUAGCACAGGUGUUUGUGAGUUGUAAUUUUUGUGGCAAAUCAAUCUCCUACAGCUGCUCCUCCGUGCCUCAUCAGGGCAGAGGGUUCAGUCAGUAUGGAGUGAGUGGCUCACCAACAAAAUCCAAAGUCACAAGCUGCCCUGGCUGUCGGAAACCCCUUCCUCGAUGUGCACUUUGCCUCAUUAAUAUGGGCACACCUGUUUCUAGCUGUCCUGGUGGAUCCAAAUCAGAUGAAAAGGUGGACUUGAGCAAGGACAAAAAGUUAGCUCAGUUUAACAACUGGUUUACCUGGUGUCACAAUUGUCGGCAUGGUGGGCAUGCCGGACAUAUGCUGAGUUGGUUCAGGGACCAUGCAGAGUGUCCUGUAUCUGCAUGCACGUGUAAAUGUAUGCAGUUGGAUACAACAGGAAAUCUGGUGCCAGCAGAGACGGUCCAGCCAUGAAAUGUUCCACCUAAAGAAAAAUCUUCAAGUGUGGAGUUUUUAAAGGAUGUCCUUCAUAGUUCAGGAAAUAAAGUCACUCAUGGCUUUGCUCUCGUGGGAAAAUAAAGCAUUCUGUCAGCUCAGCAAUGUGACAUUUGAGUGACUUUGACGUACUUCUCAGAGGCAAGCGCUGCUGAUAUGAACAUUAGAACAUGAAUAUUGGUGCUGUUUAGUAGGUUAAAGUUCAUUUGAAAGAACUGUCUAGGCUUUUGUCAAAAUUAUGUUUAUAGAUGGUUUUAGAAUAAAAACAGACCUUGUGCCUGCAUCUUCAAUCUGAAAUUGAUAUCUUUUGAUAAAAUCUGUACAUAUCUAAAGCCAAAUGCCAAUUCAUUGUUUCAUAUAUCAAUUUAAGCUUAUUCAUGCUUAAAAAUGAUUUCAGAGAAAAUGUCAAUUUUUACAUUGGGAAUUAGCUCCUGACCCAUGCUGGAGAAUACAUGCAUGUGUGCAUAUGUGCACACACACGUUUAAGGAACGUUCUCUCUCAUACAUUUCUAUUUUAGUAUAAAAGAUUUGAUAUAGGUCAUUCUUGUCUUCCUCAAAACUGCAAGUUAAGAGCAGGCUGGUGAGCUGGUUCAGCAUGUAAGGAGGCUUGCAGCCAAUCCUGAUGACCUAAGUGCGGUCCCAUGUGUCGGAAGCAAUGACUCAACUCAUCUCCAGAAGCUUGCUGCGGCAUGGGGCGCGCACGUACACAUGUGCCCGCACGUGAGCACUCGAGCACACGCACGGACAAUAAAUAAAAAAAUGUAAAACAA